AUUUCCGGUCUAUGGGACCAGACUGGGAUUUGCUGCUGCCUUCAGCAGCUGCUGGCGCUGUAGCCGCCAUCAUGUCAGACACAGACAGCGAAGACGAUUCUGCUGGAGGCGGGCCAUUUUCUUUAACCGGUUUUCUUUUCGGCAACAUCAAUGGAGCCGGGCAGUUGGAGGGGGAAAGCGUCUUGGAUGAUGAGUGUAAGAAGCACUUGGCAGGCUUGGGGGCUUUGGGUCUGGGCAGCCUGAUCACUGAACUCACGGCAAAUGAAGAAUUGACUGGGACUGACGGUGCCUUGGUAAAUGAUGAAGGAUGGAUCAGGAGUACUGAGGAUGCUGUGGAUUAUUCAGACAUCAAUGAGGUAGCAGAAGAUGAAAGCCGAAGAUACCAGCAGACAAUGGGGAGCUUGCAGCCCCUUUGCCACUCAGAUUAUGAUGAAGAUGACUAUGAUGCUGAUUGUGAAGACAUUGAUUGCAAGUUGAUGCCUCCCCCACCUCCACCUUCAGGACCAGUGAAGAAGGAUAAGGACCAAGAUGCUAUUACUGGUGUGUCUGAAAAUGGAGAAGGCAUCAUCUUGCCCUCCAUCAUUGCCCCUUCCUCUUUGGCCUCAGAAAAAGUGGACUUCAGUAGUUCCUCUGACUCAGAGUCUGAGAUGGGACCUCAGGAUGCAACACAGGCAGAAUCUGAGGAUGGAAAGCUGACCCUACCAUUGGCUGGGAUUAUGCAGCAUGAUGCUACCAAAUUGUUGCCAAGCGUCACAGAACUUUUCCCAGAAUUUCGUCCUGGAAAGGUAUUACGCUUCCUUCGUCUUUUUGGACCUGGGAAGAACAUCCCGUCUGUUUGGCGAAGUGCUCGGAGAAAGAGAAAAAAGAAGCACCGUGAGCUGAUACAAGAAGGACAGAUCCAGGAGGUGGAAUGUUCAGUAGAAUCAGAAGUUAACCAGAAGUCUUUAUGGAACUAUGACUAUGCUCCACCACCACCUCCAGAGCAAUGUCUUUCUGACGAUGAAAUCACAAUGAUGGCUCCUGUGGAGUCUAAGUUUUCCCAGUCAACUGGAGAUGUAGAUAAAGUGACAGAUACGAAACCAAGAGUGGCUGAGUGGCGUUAUGGGCCUGCCCGACUGUGGUAUGAUAUGUUGGGUGUCCCUGAAGAUGGAAGUGGGUUUGACUAUGGCUUCAAACUGAGGAAGACAGAACAUGAACCUGUGAUAAAAUGUAAAAUGAUGGAGGAAUUUAGGAAACUUGAAGAAAGCAAUGGCAGUGAUCUUCUGGCUGAUGAAAACUUUCUGAUGGUGACACAGCUGCACUGGGAGGAUGAUAUCAUCUGGGAUGGGGAGGAUGUCAAACACAAAGGGACAAAACCUCAGCGUGCAAGCCUGGCAGGCUGGCUUCCUUCCAGCAUGACUAGGAACGCUAUGGCUUACAAUGUUCAGCAAGGUUUUGCAGCCACUCUGGAUGAUGACAAACCUUGGUACUCUAUUUUUCCCAUUGACAAUGAGGAGCUGGUGUAUGGACGUUGGGAGGACAAUAUUAUCUGGGAUGCUCAGGCCAUGCCCCGGCUUUUGGAGCCUCCUAUUUUGACACUCGAUCCCAACGAUGAAAACCUUAUUUUGGAAAUUCCUGAUGAAAAGGAAGAGGCCACUUCUAACUCUCCCUCCAAAGAAAGUAAGAAGGAGUCAUCUCUGAAGAAAAGUAGAAUUCUCUUAGGGAAAACAGGAGUCAUCAAGGAGGAACCACAACAGAAUAUGUCCCAGCCUGAAGUGAAAGAUCCAUGGAAUCUCUCCAAUGAUGAGUAUUACUACCCUAAGCAACAGGGUCUUCGAGGCACCUUUGGAGGGAAUAUUAUCCAGCAUUCAAUUCCUGCUGUGGAAUUACGGCAGCCCUUCUUUCCUACCCAUAUGGGACCAAUCAAACUCCGACAGUUCCAUCGCCCGCCUCUGAAAAAGUACUCCUUUGGGGCAUUAUCUCAGCCAGGUCCCCACUCAGUCCAGCCUUUACUAAAGCACAUCAAAAAGAAGGCCAAGAUGAGAGAACAAGAGAGGCAAGCUUCAGGUGGUGGAGAGAUGUUUUUUAUGCGCACACCUCAGGACCUCACAGGAAAAGAUGGAGAUCUUAUUCUUGCAGAGUAUAGUGAGGAAAAUGGGCCCUUAAUGAUGCAGGUUGGCAUGGCAACCAAGAUAAAGAACUACUAUAAACGGAAACCUGGAAAAGACCCUGGAGCACCAGACUGUAAAUAUGGGGAAACUGUUUACUGUCAUACAUCUCCUUUCCUAGGCUCUCUCCAUCCUGGCCAAUUACUGCAGGCAUUUGAGAACAAUCUUUUUCGUGCUCCGAUUUAUCUUCAUAAGAUGCCAGAAAGUGACUUCCUUAUCAUUCGGACAAGACAGGGUUACUAUAUUCGAGAAUUAGUGGAUAUUUUUGUGGUUGGCCAGCAGUGCCCCUUGUUUGAAGUUCCUGGGCCCAACUCCAAAAGGGCCAAUACACAUAUUCGAGACUUUCUACAGGUUUUUAUUUACCGCCUCUUCUGGAAGAGUAAAGAUCGGCCACGGCGGAUCCGAAUGGAAGAUAUAAAAAAAGCCUUUCCUUCCCAUUCAGAAAGCAGCAUCCGGAAGAGGCUAAAGCUCUGCGCUGACUUUAAACGCACAGGGAUGGACUCAAACUGGUGGGUGCUGAAGUCUGAUUUUCGUUUACCAACUGAAGAGGAGAUCAGAGCUAUGGUGUCACCAGAGCAAUGCUGUGCUUAUUAUAGCAUGAUAGCUGCAGAGCAGCGGCUGAAGGAUGCUGGCUAUGGUGAGAAGUCCUUUUUUGCUCCAGAAGAAGAAAAUGAGGAAGAUUUUCAGAUGAAGAUUGAUGAUGAGGUUCGCACUGCUCCUUGGAACACCACAAGGGCCUUCAUUGCUGCCAUGAAGGGCAAGUGUCUCCUGGAGGUGACUGGGGUGGCAGAUCCCACAGGGUGUGGCGAAGGAUUCUCCUAUGUGAAGAUUCCAAAUAAGCCAACACAGCAGAAGGAUGAUAAGGAACCUCAGCCAGUGAAGAAGACAGUGACAGGAACAGAUGCAGACCUCCGUCGCCUUUCCCUAAAAAAUGCGAAGCAACUUUUACGUAAAUUUGGUGUGCCUGAGGAAGAGAUUAAGAAGUUGUCCCGCUGGGAAGUGAUUGAUGUAGUGCGCACAAUGUCAACAGAACAGGCCCGCUCUGGAGAGGGGCCCAUGAGUAAAUUUGCCCGUGGAUCAAGGUUUUCUGUGGCUGAACAUCAGGAGCGUUACAAAGAGGAAUGUCAGCGCAUCUUUGAUCUACAGAACAAGGUUUUGUCAUCAACUGAAGUCUUAUCAACUGACACAGACAGCAGCUCAGCUGAAGAUAGUGAUUUUGAAGAAAUGGGAAAGAACAUUGAGAACAUGUUACAGAAUAAGAAAACCAGCUCUCAGCUAUCACGUGAACGGGAGGAGCAGGAGAGGAAGGAACUACAGCGGAUGCUACUUGCAGCAGGCUCAGCAGCAUCAGGAAACAGUCACAGAGAUGAUGACACAGCUUCUGUGACUAGCCUUAACUCUUCUGCAACUGGCCGCUGUCUUAAGAUUUAUCGCACAUUUCGAGAUGAAGAGGGGAAAGAGUAUGUUCGCUGUGAGACGGUCCGAAAACCAGCUGUUAUUGAUGCCUAUGUGCGCAUAAGGACCACAAAAGAUGAAGAAUUCAUUCGAAAAUUUGCCCUUUUUGAUGAACAGCAUCGAGAAGAGAUGCGAAAAGAGCGGCGGAGGAUUCAAGAGCAACUAAGGCGGCUUAAACGGAACCAAGAAAAGGAGAAGCUUAAGGGUCCUCCUGAGAAAAAGCCAAAAAAAAUGAAGGAGCGUCCUGAUUUAAAACUGAAAUGUGGCGCGUGUGGUGCCAUUGGGCACAUGAGGACAAACAAAUUUUGCCCCCUCUAUUAUCAAACAAAUGCUCCACCUUCUAACCCUGUUGCCAUGACAGAGGAGCAAGAGGAGGAGUUGGAAAAGACAGUCAUUCAUAAUGAUAAUGAAGAACUUAUCAAGGUUGAAGGGACCAAGAUUGUCUUGGGGAAACAGCUAAUUGAGAGUGCAGAUGAGGUUCGAAGAAAAUCUCUGGUUCUCAAGUUCCCUAAGCAGCAACUUCCUCCCAAGAAGAAACGCCGAGUUGGAACCACUGUUCAUUGUGACUAUUUGAAUAGACCUCAUAAGUCCAUCCACCGGCGCCGGACAGACCCUAUGGUGACCCUGUCAUCCAUCUUGGAGUCUAUUAUUAAUGACAUGAGAGAUCUUCCAAAUACAUACCCUUUCCACACUCCAGUCAAUGCAAAGGUCGUAAAGGACUACUACAAAAUCAUCACCCGACCAAUGGACCUACAAACACUCCGUGAAAAUGUGCGUAAACGCCUCUACCCAUCUCGGGAAGAGUUCAGAGAACAUUUGGAGCUAAUCGUUAAAAAUAGUGCAACCUACAAUGGGCCAAAGCACUCAUUGACCCAGAUAUCUCAAUCCAUGCUGGAUCUCUGUGAUGAAAAACUUAAAGAGAAAGAAGACAAAUUGGCUCGCUUAGAGAAAGCUAUUAACCCCUUGCUGGAUGAUGAUGACCAAGUGGCAUUUUCUUUCAUUCUGGACAACAUUGUCACCCAGAAAAUGAUGGCAGUUCCAGAUUCUUGGCCAUUUCAUCACCCAGUUAAUAAGAAGUUUGUUCCAGAUUAUUACAAAGUGAUUGUCAAUCCAAUGGAUUUAGAGACUAUAAGGAAGAAUAUUUCUAAGCACAAGUAUCAGAGUAGAGAGAGCUUUCUAGAUGAUGUAAACCUUAUUCUGGCCAACAGUGUUAAGUACAAUGGGCCUGAGAGUCAGUACACUAAGACUGCUCAGGAGAUUGUGAACGUCUGUUACCAGACAUUGACUGAGUAUGAUGAGCAUUUGACUCAACUUGAGAAGGAUAUUUGUACAGCUAAGGAAGCAGCUUUAGAAGAAGCAGAAUUAGAAAGCCUAGACCCAAUGACACCAGGGCCCUACACACCUCAGCCUCCUGAUUUGUAUGAUACCAACAUAUCCCUCAGUAUAUCUCGAGAUGCCUCUGUGUUUCAAGAUGAGAGCAAUAUGUCUGUCCUGGAUAUUCCCACUGCAACUCCAGAAAAGCAAGUAACACAGAUGCGCCAGGGCCGAGGUAGGCUGGGCGAGGAAGACUCUGAUGUAGAUAUUGAAGGGUAUGAUGAUGAGGAGGAGGAUGGGAAACCUAAGACUCCAGCCCCAGAAGGUGAAGAUGGAGAUGGUGAUCUUGCAGAUGAAGAGGAAGGAACUGUGCAACAGCCUCAAGCCAGUGUCCUGUAUGAGGAUUUGCUUAUGUCUGAAGGAGAAGAUGAUGAAGAUGAUGCUGGGAGUGAUGAAGAAGGAGAUAAUCCUUUCUCUGCUAUCCAGCUGAGUGAAAGUGGAAGUGACUCGGAUGUGGGCUCUGGUGGGAUAAGACCCAAACAGCCCCGCAUGCUUCAAGAGAACACAAGGAUGGGCAUGGAAAAUGAAGAAAGCAUGAUGUCCUAUGAGGGAGAUGGCGGGGAAGCUUCCCAUGGUUUGGAGGAUAGCAACAUCAGUUAUGGGAGCUAUGAGGAGCCUGAUCCUAAGUCGAACACCCAAGACACAAGCUUCAGCAGCAUCGGUGGGUAUGAGGUAUCAGAGGAGGAAGAAGAUGAGGAGGAAGAGCAGCGCUCUGGGCCAAGUGUACUAAGCCAGGUUCACCUAUCAGAGGACGAGGAGGACAGUGAGGAUUUUCACUCCAUUGCUGGGGACAGUGACUUGGACUCUGAUGAAUGAGGCUUCCUUUGGGCCUCCUUGGUCAGCCUUACCUGUUCUCCAGCCUAGGUGUCACAUUUUUCCCGGUUUAUUUAUAUUUGUACAAUGUCUGAUCCUGAAAUCACCUUAGCCUUUAAAAAAUAGUAAAUGACAUGGUGGGUGCCUGUAGUCCAGCUACUUGGGAGGCUGAGGCAGGAGAAUCACCUGGAGUUGGAGAUUGUUGUGAGCUGUGUGACGCCAUUGCACUCUACCAAGGGCGAUAAAGUGAGACUCUGACUCUACAAAAAAAAAAUAUAUAUAUAUAUAUAUAAUAUAUAGUAAAUGAUAAUAAAUCACUUCUUCUGAUCUUCGCGGGGCAAUGUUACCCUUCUUUUUAGCAGCCCUAUUCCCCCUACCACUACCAAAAAGAGCAAGCUCAUUUUUCUCUUGUUCCCUCCUUUAAAACCAUUUAUUGCUCAUGGUAUAAUUUUUCCCUGGGGAAGAAGGAGAAAUUAUGAAAGGACUAAUAACUUAGUGUCCUCUUGAUGUAUUAGAAAUUUUCCAAGCAUGGUAUCAUCUCAGUUUUCUAAUUUUCAGGCUGAAACAGGUGAGAACCCCCUUGCUGUAACAGAGCAUUGGGUUCUGGGGAACUCUAUGCCAUACUUAAAAAAAAAACUAUUAGACAAACAGCCCAUUAUUAUUUAUGCCGAAAUGGAUUUGAGGCAGGUUGACUAUAAAUCCUUGAAAUAGCCUAUAUAUGUCAGAAAUGAUGUGUUGUCGUGUAAAUGUGUUCUCUCCCUCCCCCCCAUGGUGGGGGAGGGGAAUUAUAGGAAAAUGGUAAGUUCUUUAGGGUCAAGACUGUGUUUUUUGUUUCUUUUCAUGCUUAGGAUAUGGUUCUGAGCAUAGCCAGGAAUUCAGUAAAUGUUCCUAGAAUCAUAAAAUCCUCAGUAGACAUGUUACUGAGCAUCUGCUUCAUGGUAAGCACUGUAUCAGAUCCUUGGGAUUCAGAAGUAAAUGAGACACAUCCCUUUUACCGAAAGAGAUCACCAUGAAGUUGGGGAAGGGGGAGUAGAAUUCAAAACAUGUUAAUAAAUUAUUACAGUACUGUGAGAUAAGUGCAAUUAAGAAGCUAGCUAUAAAGUAUAGGGGAAAGUAGAGGAGUGAUCAUGUCUGAAAAAAAAAUCAGGGAAGUCUUAAAGGUAAUUUUUAAGCUAAUUGUUGAAGAAAUAAUAGGAGCUUGCCAGAAGGAAAAGUCCAGGCAGAAUGUAAAAUGAAGUGAAAAGGCCAAAGUCUAGAAAUGGCAGAGUGUGUUCCUAGUUUGUUUGUACCUACCUUGUUCCAGAAAGGAUUUAAGAUGGUUUAUGUUCUAGUCCUUUAUUGCUGGAAUGGGUAGAGGUAAGACUGAAAGAUAGGCAAGAAGCAUACCAUCAAGAGUUUUGCAUUUGCUGUUAAUGUGUGUGUAUUUUAUAUUAUGGGAAAUGAGCUCUAGAGGAGUGAUAUAAUCAGAUUUGUGUUUUAGAAAUUUUCUGUGUACUGAAUGAAUGAAGAAAUUGAAAAAUCAUAUGUAAGAGUCAUGUGUGAUCCUGUUUUUGUAAAAGACAAAACCAUGUGUGUAUAUUUAUAUGUGUUUAUGUAUACUUGUAUAUGCAAAGGAAAAGGUCUGAAAAGAUAUAUGCUAAACUGUUCACAAAAAUAAUCUCUGGGGAGUAGGAUUGGAGGGAAGGGGGUUUAUGUGCUUGUAUGUAUACUGGGAGGGUAUUGUGCUUUUAUUUCUGUAUUGUUUGAAUUUUUUUAUAAGUAUGUAUUUUUAUAAUAAAAUUUUUUUUUAAUUCUAGCAGUAGUGGUGGAGAAUGGUUUGGAGGGGGGAGCAAAUCUAGUUCAAGUAAGGUGUAAUGGAAUAGGGCUGUGGCAUUGAGGUAGAAAGGAGGAGGAUGGAUUUGAGAGAUCUUUAGGGAGUAAGAUCAACAGGCCUUGGCAUUUAGAAGUGGAGUAGGGGAAGUAGAAAGUGGCUUCCAGAAUUUUGGUUUGGAAAAUCGGGUGGAUACAUGGUAUUCAUUCAUUCAUUUCAAUGUUUAUCAGGCUACCUAUUUUUAUCAAGCAGUCUGCAAGAUACUGAUAGAAAAAUAAAAUACAGUCUCUAGUUGCAAGGAAUUUAGGGUCUGGUACAGUGGUUCUCAACCUGUGGCUCACGGAACUAUAUUAAAGGGCCGCAGCAUUAGGAAGGUUGAGAACCACUGGUCUAGAAUGAGGGAUAGAUAUGUAAAUAAAUGAGUUUAAUAAAAUGUGAUCAGGCCAGGCGUGGUGGCUCACGCCUGUAAUCCCAGCACUUAGGAGGCCUAGGUGGGUGGAUUGCCUGGCUCACAGGUUAGAGACCAGCCUAAGCAAGACCAAGACCCCGUCUCUUUAAAAAAAAAAAAAAAAGGAACAGCCAGGUGUUGUGGCGGGCACCUGAAAUCCCAGCUACUAAGGAGGCUGACACAAGAGAAUUGCUUGAGCCCAAAAGUUUGAGGUUGCUGUGAGCUGUGAUGCCACGGCACUCUACCCAAGGUGUGACAGCUUGAGACUGUCUCAAAAAUAAAAGUAAUCAUUACUAUGAAUAGUGUCAAGAUUCCUUGGUGAGAGGAAGAAGUUCUCAACUCUACUUACGGAGUAAAGGACAGGAGUGCUUAACAGAAGAGACCCUUAAAAGAUCACAAAAAGUAAGGAAGCAUUUAUCAAAGGGUAGAAAGUAGGUGUACUUUCUAAGCAGAGGGAACAGAAUGCUUAGGAAACAAGUAGUUACAGGUUGCUGGCGAACAGGGAACAUAUGCGUAUGUAGUGUAGUGAUUACAAGCUCAGAAUCAAAUGCUCAACAUGCUCAGCAGCACUAUAGAUCAGUGGGUAGGGUGCCGGCCACAUACACUGAGGCUGUCAGGUUCAAACCCUGCCUGGGCCUGCUAAAACAACAAUGACAACUGCAACAAAAAACAACUAGGCAUUGUGGUGGGUGCCUGUAGUCCCAGCUACGUGGGAGGCUGGGGCAAAAGAAUCACUUGAGCCCAGAAGUUUGGAGGUUGCUGUGAGCUGUGAUGCCACGGCACUCUACCCACUCUACCCAGGGCUAUAGCUUGAGACUCUGUCUCAAGAAAAAAAAAAAAAAAGAAUGAAAUGCUCAUUUUAGAGCCAUCCCUUUGGCAGUAGUAUGAAAAUCGAGUAGGGGGGCGAUGCCACAUGAGAGAUGAUGGAGACCUAAACUGUGAUGGAGGUGUGACAGUAAGGAUGGAAUGAGAGGUAUAUCUUGAUGACUGAUUGGAAAUGGGAGAAAAAAUAAUGGAACCUAGUUUUCUGACUUAGGUGACUGGGUGUUAAAUGAUGAUCUCAUUCACUGACCCAGGUAGGUAGGGAUGGAAGGUAGGGGAAACAGCUAAGCUUAGUUUGAAGCAUAUAAUAUUUGAAGUUUUAGUAUCUAUAAAGCUGGCUGGGCGCUAUGUCUAAUACCUAUAAUCCUAGCAUUCUGGGAGGCCGAGGCAGGUGGAUUGCUUGAGCUCAGAAGUUCAAGAACAGCCUGAGCAGGAGCAAGAUCCAGUCUCUUAAAAAAAAAUUGCCAGAUGUUGUCUUGGGCACCUGUAGUCCCACUUACUGGGAAGGCUGAGGCAAGAGGAUCGCCCGAGCUCAAGAAUUUAAGGUUGCUGUGAGGUAUGACACCACGACACUCUACCCAGCGUGACAAAGUGAGACUCUUGUCUCAAAAAGAAAUGUAUAAAACUUAGGGUUUGGGGUUGGUGCCUGUGGCUCAGUGGGUAAGGCGCCAGCCCCAUAUAUGGAGGGUGGCGGGUUC